AUGGACCAAGAAAUACCAGAAGACCCGAAGAGCAAUAAGCGACAGAAGAUAUCUACUGUGCCCAAAGCGAUACGAUGUGAUCGGAACAUACCGUGCUCAAACUGUGAGAUGACGAAGAUUGCUUGUCAGCCCGCCGACCCCGCGGAGAAACGACCAAGCACCGUCCAAAUCAAUGACCUACAAAACCACAUCAAUGCUUUGGAGAGUCGUCUUCAAAUUCUCGAAGCCAACCCCAACACCCGCCAUCAUACCUCGCAGCAUCUAGCUAACCGGCAGCUUCCUUCCGUACCGCAAGCUGACCAGAGCGUGGUAUCAAUUUCCGAGACACCAUACUCCCUCUAUGAGGGCGAAUCCUCAUUUACCAGCCAAUCCCUUGGAGCGAGAGAAGCUGCUCAAUCCCUAGCCAAUCCGAAUCGUCCUCAGACUGGUUCAAACCUCAAUGUUGCAUUCAAUUCGCUGAAUGGGCUCCUUCAGCCAAGCCAGAAAACUCGCCAGGGAGAUGAGAGCCGCUCUUAUGACCCCGUUCAAAUUCCCCUUGCCUUGCCUGCUGAACUGGUCAUUGCACUGCUGAGAAGGUUUCAAGAGGAAAAGCCUUUAUUCCUGAGUUCAUAUCCGAUCAAUGACUUGAGACUGGUGGAAAGACUGUGCCAAAAGGUCUAUUUCCCUACACGAGAUGUCUCAGCCGGCGAUGUCGCUGCAAUGCAUGGGGUGCUUUAUUGGCUCAUCAGGGAAUACUCAUACCGAAAUGACGCCUUUUGCAAGAAAUUUGAUCUCAAGACUCAUUUCAAAAAUUGCAAAUCCCGCUUUGAGGCCGACAUCAAGAAUCACGAUGUGAUUGCGGUACCUAGCUUUGAGAAUGUCAUCGCAUUGGCCAUGGGUAUUUUGAAAGCGCAAGAUGAAGCUAAUCCACUGAUGGGAUGUCAUCUGAUAUCCACAGCCGUGCGACACUGCCAAAUGCUCGGUUAUCAUCGUGAGUCAGCAUACAAGAACCCAAAAGAUGAAGACGCAAGCAACAAGCGCCGGAUAUUCUGGACAAUUUAUGUGUUUGACAAGACGAUGUCAUUGCUGCUAGGGCGGGCAUCAUACCUUCAGGACUUUGAUAUGGACGUGAAAACACCAGCUGCAUCGUCGGAUCCAGCCAUUAGUCCCUGGGAUGAGGCUUUCUACUGGAUGAUCAAGCUUGCAGAAGUUCAAGGCAACACAUACAACAAACUUUACUCACCCGCGGCUAUCAAACACUCAUCUCAAGAGCGAUUGAAUGACAUCAACAAUCUUAAAGCAGCGAUUGAAGAAUGCCGACAUGGCAGAGAUAAUAUUGAGUUCACUAAAGCGAAUCAGCAAAUGAUCUUUGAAAUCAGCUCGAAGACAUGGGAACUGUUGUAUUAUUCUGUCUUGACUUCGAUCCUACGAGCGUCUACAUCAACCGAUGACAGUGAGAUUGGACCAGAAUGCUUCAGGGCAGCUCGAAAAUGUCUACUCAGUCACCUGGAAUGCUUCCCGAGCUACAAUGAAUCGGGCCUCUUUAGCGUUGCAGAUUAUGCCAACUGGGUUCAAUCGUACUCAUCUUUCACACCCUUCAUUGUCAUAUUUCUUCACUCUAUUGCCGCGUCUAGUAUGGAAGAUGUGAAACUUCUCGAAGAGAUUGUGAAGACACUCCAGCAAACUCGAGGGGUUUCGAGCGCAUCAGAGCGCAUGUACAACAUCUGCGCUAACUUCGUUGCUGUGUCACGAGACUUGGUCGAAGCUCAGAAAUCCUGCGUUGGAAAGUACGACGAACAAAGAGAUGCGUUGGAGCUGUUCAAUGACUCUCAAUAUGGACAUUUGUUCUUUUCAGACUCCCAGCAAGAGGAUCCAGGUUUUGACAUGACGGCGUACCUCACUCACCCCGAAGUCCAAAACAUGUCGGCUGUUCUAGAAGGAUGGGAUAGUGGGCAGCAAUCUGCGAUGGAGGUACUGGGUGUGGAUCUUGGUAAUUCAAGUUGA